GGAUUACUGCGCCGCAGCUCCGGCUCCAUCCAAACACAAACCGUUCCUGAUAACGGGGAGAGAGAAGGAAAGCGGUGUGCUGGAUGGAGGAUCGGGAGGAAGUCGGGUUUGAUGAUGAGGAGGGUCUGACACAAAACGAGGAACGAAGAGGAGAGCAGGGGGGCGGAGGCUGGGACCAUGAAGAAAUGGUGGUGGACGGGGGGACGGAGGACUGGAACGGGUUCAUUUCCACAGGGACCGAAUCGCUGCAGGCGGACGGGACCGCAUGGAAACCUGGUGACCCGGUGACCCCCCAGCUAGUAUUACAGCUGAACAGUUACACAGAGGGUUACCUGUGUUUACUGGAGGACAACAUCUACAACGUUAACUUUUCCCGCUUCAAGAUCAGAGAUCUGGACAGUGGAGCUGUGAUUCUGGAUAUCAAGAAGAACGGCCCAACAGAAAUUCAGGACAUGAUUGACUAUGACACCAGCAGGUUCAUCCAGUACCACUUCUCUCCUGCCUUCCUGACUCUGCGAGAGAUCGGAGCCACGUUGGAGUUCACCGUGGGCAGCAAAGCUCUGAACCACUUCCGUCUGAUUGAGAGACAUUUCUUCAGAAACCUUCUUCUUAAAACCUUCGACUUUGAGAUCGGCUUCUGCAUUCCUCACAGCAGGAACACCUGUGAGCACAUCUACUGCCUGCAUGACCUGGAACCAAAUAUCGUUGAGGAAAUGAUCGCCAGCCCCUUUGAGACGCGUUCCGACAGUUUUUACUUCGUCAACAACAGGCUGAUCAUGCAUCACAAAGCCGAGUACUCCUUUAGUCCACGACCACACGACCACAACAACAUGAACCCUGCUGGACUCUAGCUCCUCAUCCUUUCCUCUUCAACAUCUCCUGCUUCACUCUCUAAAGAAGUGUAGAGCUACAGAUGUAGAUGCUGACUAGGUCCCUGUGUCCAUUGUCAUUAAUAUUGUCCUUCCUGAUGGACCAGAAAACCAGAACCAAUAAAUAAAAAAAGAAAACAAUGAGAAAAACCAACUGCUGUGAGAAAAUAAAUACCUGGAUGUCUUUAAAAUGAUCUGAUGGCUAAAAAACCUUCUGUUAUAGUUCAUAGUUGACUUUAGAACUUAUUUACCAGCUGAUUGGUUCUGAUGUUAUCAAGAAGAUGACAAUAUAAUGAAACUUUCUUAAUUUUUAAAGAUCUAAGAAAAGUGAUGCGUUUCAGUUUUGGUGUUAAGUUGUGGAACAGCCUUAAUGAUGAAAUAUGAUGUAGAUCUGUUAAACCUCAACAUGUUAGAAUAAACUAUAAAUGCUAAUGAUCACAGAUUGAUGUUCAACGUAAUAAUAAUACUCAUCUGUCCGUCUGGUGAAGAUUUUAUUAAAGGAAAAGUCCGGUCAGCAGGAAUAAUCAAUGGAUCAUUAUUUAU